AUAUAAAUGCAGGCAAAACAAAAUAAUAAAUAGAAUAUCCACUUGCGAAUUCUCACCGUUGAAGAGAGCGACGAGAGAGGGUGAGGUAAGAGGGCGACAGAGAGAGGAGAGAGUGAGAGAUGGGAAAGUACAUGAAGAAAUCUAAAAUCAAAGGUGAUGUGGCAGUCAUGGAGGUCGGCGUACGGACUCGAGCCAAAACCCUAGCUCUUCAGCGCUUAUUACAAUCCCAAUCUCCAUCCCCACUAGUUGAUUCCUCUUCCCUCUGCUACCUCCAACUCCGAAGCCGCCGCCUCGAAAAACCCGUCCCUCCUCCCACAUGCAGAGACAAUCACGGUGCGCGGCGUGAAAUAAAGAAGGAAUCCAAGGAGGGGGUUGAGGUUUCAUGCGGAGAGACCUGCUUGGACUCUGGAUCCAAAGACCGGGCCACUAGGGAAAGCACACCAUGUAGCUUGAUAAGGGGCACGUCGAAUAGUGUAACCCCUGGUUCAACAUCGAGGUGGAAAAGUUCAGUCACAGCAAAUCAUAGAACCCAGAAUGAUAUCCAAAGAAAUAACCCAAUAACGCAUGAAGUGGAGGAGUUCUUUUCCUAUGCAGAACAGCAGCAACAGAGGGAGUUUAUGGAAAAGUAUGCUGCUCUAGUUCCUAUUAUUUUCCUUAAAUGGCUCUGGUUCAUACUUAUAGGCAUUGCUUUGCAUUACUGGUUACUCAACUCAUAUUGAUGGUCAACCAUUGGAUCUACCCAAUUAACUAAGCAACUCGUUUUAAUUUGUGCAUUGGGAAAUUUCAGGUACAACUUUGACAUUGUGAAUGAUUUGCCCCUUUCCGGACGCUAUGAAUGGGUGCAGAUAUUCUAAUAGUGAUGUUCCGAUUCAUUAGUAAGACGUAGGUUUCUACUCUCUGCAAAUCCUUAAUUGGUUUUUAUGCCAAGGAUUUCAGAAGAAGUAGGUGGAUUUGGACUCAUAUAUUUUCUGGUUAUUCUGACAAUGUAUAGUGAAUUAGGGCCAUUGAAGCAGUGUAAUCUGAACAUCUGCAGCAUAACAGAGAUGAUGAAUUACACACUGACCUAGAUUUGACUAAUGAGGGAAAAAGAAGUGCUAUAAAUGCUUUAGUUUAGGAUUUGUUGGCUUCAGCUUAAUGUAAUCUUCAUAGGAUGCAAAAUUUUUUACUUUUGUCCGUACUUUGACAGGGGAUAACUCACUUGAAUGCUUUUCUUGAAA